AUGGCUCCUUUCCACGAGGUGCAGACCCUCAGGAACGGACUGCUCCAGCAUGGAUCGCCCGUGGCGUCACAGGUCCGAUUGUCGCGCCCCUUGAGGACAAGAAUAAAAGCCGUCCCAGAGCCUCUCUCCCUCACACACUUCGCCUUACGCCGCCUUCUCCGCAGUCAACAAGGAACCCUCCACACCACAGACAUGGCCUGCUACGACCUCUGCCGCCCCUGCGGACCCACCCCACUGGCUAACAGCUGCAACGAGCCCUGUGUCAGGCAGUGCGAGGACUCCCGUGUCGUUAUCCAGCCUUCCACCGUGGUCGUCACCCUGCCAGGACCCAUCCUCAGCUCCUUCCCACAGAACACCGCCGUCGGAUCCUCCUCAUCCGCUGCCGUGGGCAACAUCCUCAGCUCCCAGGGAGUGCCCAUCUCCUCCGGUGGCUUUGGCUACGGCUUCGGCUUUGGAGGCCUGGGCUGCUUCAGCGGCAGAAGAGGCUGCUACCCCUGCUAA